CUUUGACUGCACCACAAACAACAUGUGCUCUACGGGAUGCUGCUCCGUUGUGAAGAGCAAAACGGUGUGCUGCAGCCAGCCAUGCCAGAAGAUCAUCUGCUGCGACCCGUGCCAGAGGAGCGUCUGCUGCGACCCCUGUCAGCAGUCCAUCUGCUGCGACCCAUGCCAGAAGCCCUGCUGUGACCCGUGCCAGCAGUCCUGCUGGAGGUAUCCGGCCAUUAUCGUGUGA